AUGGUUAAAGAACUUUCUUUGGACACUUUAGUUGUCUCUUCAAAUAAUAAUGAUCAACAUAAUGCUUCAGUUGCUCCUUUAUAUCAAACUACAACUUUUAAACAAAAAUCUGUUAGUGAUUUAGGUGAAUAUGAUUAUACAAGAUCUGGUAAUCCAACAAGAACUCAAUUAGAAUCUCAAUUAUCUAUAAUAAUGAAAGCUGAAAAAACUUUUGCUGUAACAAGUGGGAUGGGUUGUUUAGAUGUUAUUACAAGAUUAUUAAAACCUGGUGAUGAAGUUAUAGCUGGUGAUGAUUUAUAUGGUGGUACUCAUCGUUUAUUAACUUUUUUAAAUAAAACUGGUGCUAUAAAAUUAAAAAUUAUUGAUACAACAAAUCCUCAAUUAGUUAAAUCAACAUUAUCCCAAAAUACUAAAAUGAUUUUUUUAGAAUCACCAACAAAUCCAUUAAUUAAAGUUAUUGAUUUACCAAAAAUUUCUGAAUUCUUGAAAACCAAUUAUCCAAAUUGUAUUAGUGUUUUCGAUAAUACAAUGAUGUCACCAUUAUUAUUAUCACCAUUAAAAUAUGUUGAUAUUCAAUAUGAAUCUGCAACAAAAUAUUUAAAUGGUCAUCAUGAUAUUAUGGCUGGUGUAAUUGCAACAAAUUCCAAAAAAUUAUCACAAGAUUUAUUCUUUAUUAUAAAUGCCACGGGAUGUGGUUUAGCACCAUUUGAUUCUUGGUUAUUACUAAGAGGUUUGAAAACUUUAUCAAUAAGAUUUGAAAGACAACAAUCAAAUGCUAUAAAAUUAACAAAUUGGUUAGAAUCCUUAGGUUUUAAAGUUAAUUAUCCAGGUUUAAAAUCUCAUCCACAAUACCAAGUUCAUAAUUCUUAUAACAAAGGUUUUGGUGCUGUAUUUUCAUUUGAAACAAAAUCAAUCAAAACUUCAGAACGUAUUGUGGAAGGUACAAAAUUAUUCGGUGUUACAGUAUCAUUUGGUGCAGUUAAUUCAUUAAUUUCAAUGCCUUGUAGAAUGUCACAUGCUUCAAUUGACCCUGAAACAAGAGCUGAAAGAGAAUUCCCUGAAGAUUUGAUUAGAGUUUGUGUUGGGAUUGAAGAUUCUGAUGAUUUAAUUGAAGAUUUAAAACAAAGUUUAUUGAAUAGUGGUGCUAUAAGGGAGAUUAAUGGGAAAUUAAUUAGAUCUGAUUUAUCAAAGUUAUAG